AUGAUUCUUUUCCUUUCCUUUAUCAAAUACCUUCCUUCCUUCCUGUCUUUCUUUCUUUCUUUCUUUCUUUCUUCACCUAACUUUUUAGAUGUUUCUUUUCCUUUCCUUUAUCCACAUACCUUCCUUCUCCCUGUCUUUCUUUUUUCUUUCUUUCUUUCUUUCUUUCUUUCUUUCUUUCUUUCUUUCUUUCUUUCUUCGCCUAACUUUGUAGAUGUUUCUUUUCCUUUCCUUUAUCACAUACCUUCCUUCCUCCCUGUCUUUCUUUCUUUCUUACUUUCUUUCUUUCUUUCUUUCUUUCUUUCUUUCUUUCUUUCUUCACCUAACUUUAUGUUUCUUUUCCUUUCCUUUAUCACAUACCUUCCUUCCUUCCUGUCUUUCUUUCUUUCUUUCUUUCUUUCUUUCUUUCUUUCUUCACCUAACUUUGUAGAUGUUUCUUUUCCUUUCCUUUAUCAAAUACCUUCCUUCCUUCCUGUCUUUCUUUCUUUCUUUCUUUCUUUCUUUCUUUCUUCACCUAACCUUGCAGAUGUUUCUUUUCCUUUCCUUUAUCACAUACCUUCCUUCCUUCCUGUCUUUCUUUCUUUACUUAUUUCUUUCCGUUUUUUUAUGUUCUCUCACCAUUUGUCAUGUUUCUUUCUUUUCCUUUCCUUUAUCAUAUACCUUUCUUUCUUUCUUUCUUUCUUUCUUUCUUUCUUUCUUUCUUUCUUUCUUUCAUCCUUCCUUCUUUCCUUCCUUCCAUCCUUCCUUCCUUCCUUUCUUCCUUCCUUCCUUUCUUUCUUUCUUUCUUUCUUUCUUUCUUUCUUUCUUUCUUAUCACUUUUCUCUACCCCUCCUCCACUUUCUUAUUCUACUUCUACUUCUCUUUUUUCUUUUCCCUUCUCAUUCUAUAUACCUUUCCUUUAUUCUGUCUUUCUUUUUUUCUAAUUGCUUUCUCAGUGUUACAUCGAACUCUCUGUCCAUUCGAUGCCUACAGAAAGCUUAUUCUUUAUUGCCAAUCCGCGCCCUUUAA